AUGGACAGCGGAGAUGAGGAACGCCAGGAUGGGGGGCAUAAUGUGCCAUUCGUCGACGAAUCUGAGGGGCAGCGGGAAAUAUCAGACAAGGAUAAAUGCGACAGGAUAACAAGUGAGCGAUUCAAGGAACUGCUGACAAAAUACCCUGACUAUAUACGUGAGGUGUAUCGCGAUGUGGAACAGCAUCGCUUUGUGAAUAUACCAAGACGAUUAGAGGGGAAAAAAGGUUCUUUUUACCUCACCAAAGACGAUCUGAUAAAUAUGGAUCGGUGGAUUCAGAAACGCGGUACCCCCCUCGAUCAGCGCAUCCAUGAAAGUACCGCCAAAAAGAUACAUGAAAACGAUAAAGAAGAAGUGGAGAAAGUCACUCAGAAAGCCUUUAAAAGGUAUCAGGGCCCAGGCGGGAGCAGGCGUAAGUCUGCCAGGCUAGCUAAGAAAUCGAAUCAAGGAGACAUGGAUGAAACGAUCACAGGCACCGGCAAAGAUGAAGACUUCAUAGAGGCAAUGAAGAUUCUGAAAACUGGUCUUACAGGUGUGCACAGAGCUAGGGCAAAUCUCCUUCUAUCCAUCCCAUUCUACAAGACUGUGCCGUAUUGUUCGCGAGCACUCUAUCGGUGGUUAAACUGGAGUGAAGAGGAGGGAUGGGCCCAGUCGUUCACAUGGACAGAUACCAAGCUUAUAGAAACAAUCAAUAAGGUGCGCAAGCUGGCGGCGGAUUUCAAGGUUGAUGCCGUGGACGUGGAGAAGGUGUCCUUUGUGCUGGAGCGUGACGGCUUGAUUGAAGGUUUCAGAAGGGCAACCAUCACGAAAGAUUCUAUUAAAGAAGCGACGUUGAUAGCUGAUUUACCAUGGACAAGGGUGUAUAGCGUUGAAGGGCCGAAUGUAGGAAUCCAGAAAGAGAAGAAGGUUGCCAUCAAGCGCAUAUACAAGUCACCCAGGUUAAAACUCAGGUUCUUGGCCGAGGUGACGAUAUCGAACAAACUAACAAAGUUGUCUCCGGAACACUUUGUCGAAUUUUACGGAUGGAAUGAAACACAAGACUUUUUGUACGUCGCGAUGGAACUAGUUGAAGAGGGUGACCUAGAGAAAAGCCUCCGCGAACAUCGAGAGAGAUGGAAUGAGUGUGCUAUAAGAGCAGUGACAAAGCAGAUACUGGAGGGACUGCGAUUCAUGCACGAGGCCUACAUUGUUCAUAGGGAUUUGAAGCCUCAGAACAUCCUCGUCGUAUCAUCCAAGCCCGCUCGGAUCAAGAUCGCGGAUUUCGGCAUAUCAAAGCGGUUGUCAAAUAGGGGAACUACUGUGUUCCAAACGGGAAUUGGCACGAAUGGCUACAAAGCCCCCGAAGUCGUAGAACAGUGGAGGAGAGAAGGGGAUGAAUCCUACCUCGCGGCGCGCCAAACGGCGUAUACAUUCAACGUAGACAUAUGGUCUCUCGGUUGCAUCGUUUACCGGAUGGCAAAGAGAGAGCACCUGUUCACAGAUAAUUACUCGGAAUCCGACCCUGCGCUACGCGAAAGAGUAAAAGGUAUUAAGACUAAUCUGAACAAGGAAAGGAGAAUAGGAAGAACCGGUAUUGACUUUGUCUGCGGACUGAUAGUGAUUGAGACCAAGCAGCGACCAGAUGUUGGCACUGCUCUGGAACGCCUUGAGAGCUGGGAGGGUUCAGAAUAAUCCUUUUGUUCUCUUUAUAUACGAUACACUGCUAGAGUCAACUAAGAGCUUAUAUAACCUGAGAUUUCAUUGGCCACUGCAUUGAAUCUUAGUCAUGGUACUACCAGUGCUUACCUUGGAUGCGCUCCUACUGGAUGAGUAAUUAUCUGACAAUCUGCUUAAUGCAGACCGGCCCCAAACUGCAGCCAAUCUAAAGCCUGACAAACUUUGGGAGUUUCAGGGGGGAGGUAAUAGAUAUAGGGCCAUUUAGCAAUAUAUGACCUCUUUGCUGAGAAGAAAUGGGGAAAACAUCAUUUGAUAUCAAUCCAACCGUUAAGGUGGUGUGAUAAUAGUAACUAUCUUGUAGCAAUGUAUCAGCUGUUUAGACAGGUCAAGAUCAACUAGACACGGUCACUUCAAUGCUUGCUUCGCGUCGUUGAUACACCCAACCUGCAGCUCUAAUCUCCCUUUUUAAACAGCAGUCUCUCUACGCCUCGCACUCUUGAAUGUAAUCUCUAGACACCGUAGCCUUAUAUGACCCUCGGAGUUAUGUAGAUGUUCGGAGAAACUGUUCUGAAAGAUGACAACCUUGGGAGCUUCCAGAGUAUCGAGACAAUCUGUAUCAGCGGCUGAGACC